AUGUCCCUCUGGCAAUUGCACUUGGACCGUGCCGGCUGGCACACUUAUGCCCCCGUGUUGACCAACUCGGAUGAUUUCCUGUUUGCAAUUCAAUCACCAUGGCAACGCAAAAUGAUGCUUGAACACGGCAAGACCAUGAUAUUCAUUGACGCAACACACAACACGGUGAAGAACUGCUUCCUCUCCCAAGGCCGCAAAAUCAGCUUAUACACGGUCUUGAUCCGCAACCCCGUCACUGGCAAAGGGUUGCCUGUAUGCUGGGCCUUUACCACCUCUCUAGCAAUUUAA